AUGAGUCUAACUAACAUAAUAAAGGAAACUCAUCAUAGAAGACGAUGGAGAGGGAAACCAUGUAUUAGAAAGCACUAA